AUGGACUCGGAGUUUCCUCCUGCAAUUGCUCUAGCGCAGGCAGGCGUUAAAUUUCAAAGCGUUUCCGAUGCUGGCAGCAUAAUGAAUAUCGAAUUCGAAAAGGGGGUAUUUCGUUAUUUUGGAUACAAAAGGAGUACUUUUAAAAUUCCACACCUACCAAUUGGGGAGCUGACAGAUCCAUUGUUCAGGAACCUCAUUGCCUUUGAGCAAUGCUACCAUCACCAUUCGCAUGAAAUAACAUCUUAUGCCUUUUUGAUGAAUAAACUCGUCGCUUCCAGCAAGGACAUGGAGAUUCUUUGUGAGAAACGGAUCAUAGAUAACUGGUUGAGCGCUGAAGAUGGUGCCAACUACUUCAGCAAGCUCUGCAACGACACCGCCCUCAACAAGUUCUACUAUGAUGAACUCUGCGCUCAAGUGAAAAUGCAUUACCAGAUCAAAUGGUACAGGUGGCUUGAAAAGUUGAACCGUGACUAUUUCGCAAACCCAUGGAGUUACAUUUCUCUCAUUGCAGCUGCUAUACUUCUGGGUCUCACCGUGGUGCAGACAGUGUACGCCAUACACAGUAAGUAG